AUGAGUAACACUAAACAUACCACCUCUCAUCAUAUAGAUUUCAAAAUGAUCAUUAACCUUGUGCUCUUCUUCAUAAUAAUAGCAUUGAUUUUUCAGAACUCAGCAUAUUUCAGGACGGCAUUCCAAAAACUACUCUCAGGGUUUUACAAAAACAAUCAUCAGGGCCCUGCCAGUAGCGUAAAACCAUUGCCUAUCUUUUCAGAAAACUUGAUAGAUUUCGACGACGUUAACGUGGUAGACAAGACAAGAGUAGCCAUAUUUCUGGUUUUCUGUUUCAUCAUUACCAUACCGUUUAUGGUAUAA